AUGUACGGCUACAAGAUUGGCAAAGAUCGUUUCGAAGCCAUGUGUGUUCUUUGGGCAUCAUGUGAACCUUUACCUGCUGCUUUCCUUGAAGCGAGCUUGAUCCAGCUCUUCCAAGGCCAAACUGGUCUGAAGAAUGAACGUCCUGGAGGUGAAACCGUUCCAAAGGACAGAGGUGAUGACAUGGAUGGCCCGUACUGUGUGUAUUUUGUUUUUAGGUCGUUUCAACGGCCACCAGAUAGGAAAACACCAAUGGCAUGA